AUGACCGGCGACGGCCGCAGACGGGACUGGAAGGGCACUAGGAUCUCGAAGAAGCAGAAGCUGAUCCGCAACGCCGAGGAAGAGCUCGAGGCAAAAUUAGGGUUCGAUAAUUUCUCAGAGGGCGAAAAGCGACUUGGAUGGUUGCUCACUUUUGCAUCCUCAUCUAGCGAGGAUGAAGACACUCACAAAGAGUACAGCUGUGUUGAUCUUUACUUUGUUACACAGGAUGGGUCUACAUUCAAGUCAAAAUACAGAUUUCGUCCUUAUUUCUAUGCAGCUAUAAAGGAUAAAAUGGAGAUGGAUGUUGAAACAUACCUGAGACGACGUUAUGAAAGUCAGAUUGCAGAUAUUGAAAUUUUAGAGAAAGAAGACCUGGAUCUUAAAAACCAUUUGUCUGGAUUAAGAAAAUCUUAUUUAAAGCUUUCAUUUGAUACUGUGCAACAAUUGAUGAAUGUGAAGAGUGACCUGAUGCAUGUUGUUGAAAGAAAUCAGGCAAAGUCUGAUGCUGCAGAGGCCUACGAGUCCAUACUAACAGGAAGAAGAGAACAAAAGCCUCAAGAUUUUCUAGAUUGCAUAAUUGGUCUUCGUGAAUAUGAUGUUCCUUAUCAUGUUCGCUUUGCCAUUGACAAUGAUAUACGGUGUGGUCAGUGGUAUGAUGUUGGAGUGUCCAAUACUGGGGUUACACUUGAGAAGAGGACAGAUCUUCUGCAGCGUGCUGAAGUUCGUAUUUGUGCAUUUGACAUUGAGACCACCAAACUUCCAUUAAAAUUUCCUGAUGCUGACUAUGAUUUAAUUAUGAUGAUUUCAUACAUGGUCGAUGGGCAAGGCUAUUUAAUCAUAAACAGAGAGUGUGUUGGGGAUGAUAUAGAGGAUUUGGAGUACACUCCAAAACCGGAAUUUGAAGGGUGCUUUAAGGUGACAAAUGUUCAAAAUGAGAUUGACCUUCUUAGGUUAUGGUUUUCUCAUAUGCAAGAGGUUAAACCUGGUAUCUACGUGACGUAUAAUGGUGAUUUCUUUGAUUGGCCAUUCAUUGAACGAAGGGCAGCCCAUCACGGGUUCAAAAUGAGCGAUGAAUUGGGGUUUCAAUGUGACAUGAAUCAAGGAGAAUGUCGUGCUAAAUUUGCUUGCCAUUUGGAUUGUUUUGCUUGGGUUAAACGUGAUAGUUAUCUCCCUCAGGGGAGCCAAGGCCUGAAGGCUGUUACAAAAGCAAAGUUGGGUUAUGAUCCAUUAGAGGUUAACCCUGAGGACAUGGUUCGCUUUGCAAAGGAGAAACCUCAGAUGAUGGCCUCCUAUUCAGUUUCUGAUGCAGUAUCAACUUAUUACUUGUAUGCAACUUAUGUUCAUCCCUUUAUUUUCUCUCUAGCAACUAUUAUACCCAUGUCACCAGAUGAGGUCUUGCGCAAAGGUAGUGGGACCCUCUGUGAAAUGUUGCUCAUGGUCCAGGCAUACAAGGCUAAUGUUAUCUGCCCUAACAAACACCAAUCUGAUCCCGAGAAGUUUUAUAACAAUCAUCUUCUCGAGAGUGAGACAUACAUAGGUGGCCAUGUGGAAUGCCUAGAAAGUGGUGUAUUUAGAUCUGAUAUUCCAUCUAGUUUUACACUCGAGCCUUCUGCCUAUGAGAAAUUGAUCAACAACCUUGAUCGAGAUCUACAGUAUGCUAUAAGAGUAGAGGGGAAGAUGGAUUUGGAAUCUGUCUCUAAUUAUGAUGAAGUAAAGAAUGCUAUCAUGGAAAAGCUUGGAAAAUUACGAGAUGCACCAGUACGUGAAGAAUGCCCCCUCAUUUAUCAUCUGGAUGUAGCUGCUAUGUAUCCAAACAUAAUUUUAACAAACCGCCUUCAGCCACCAUCAAUUGUUACAGAUGAGGUUUGCACUGCAUGUGAUUUUAACCGUCCCGGAAAGACUUGUCUACGCAAGCUUGAGUGGGUUUGGCGCGGAGAAACAUUCAUGGCAAAAAGAAGUGACUAUUAUCAUCUAAAGAAGCAGAUUGAAUCCGAGUUUGUUGAUAGUGCUCCUGAGAGGUCAUCAAAAUCUUUUCUUGACCUGCCCAAGGCAGAGCAACAAUCAAGACUAAAAGAGCGAUUAAAGAAAUACUGCCAGAAGGCAUAUAAACGGGUACUUAACAAACCAGUUACUGAACUUCGUGAAGCAGGAAUCUGCAUGCGUGAAAAUCCAUUUUAUGUUGACACUGUUCGCAGUUUCCGAGAUAGAAGAUAUGAAUAUAAAGGCCUUAAUAAAGUUUGGAAGGGAAAAUUAUCAGAGGCCAAAGCCAGUGGAAAUUCUAUGAAGAUCCAGGAAGCACAAGAUAUGGUAGUGCUAUAUGAUUCAUUGCAACUUGCUCACAAGUGUAUACUUAAUUCCUUUUAUGGAUAUGUCAUGCGCAAAGGUGCAAGAUGGUACUCCAUGGAAAUGGCUGGAGUAGUCACAUACACUGGUGCAAAAAUCAUUCAGAAUGCCCGCUUGCUGGUAGAGAAAAUAGGAAAACCACUUGAACUAGACACGGAUGGUAUCUGGUGUGCACUUCCUGGAUCUUUUCCAGAAAAUUUCACUUUUAAAACAAAAGAUUCAAAGAGGAAGUUCACAAUUUCAUACCCUUGUGUUAUGCUUAAUGUUGAUGUGGCAAUAAAUAAUACAAAUGAUCAGUACCAGACACUCACAGAUCCAAUUAGGAAAACUUAUACAACUCAGAGUGAAUGCUCUAUUGAAUUUGAGGUGGACGGGCCAUACAAGGCAAUGAUCCUUCCUGCUUCUAAGGAAGAGGGAAUUUUAAUUAAGAAGAGAUAUGCUGUUUUCAAUGAUGAUGGAACCCUUGCUGAGCUGAAAGGUUUUGAGAUCAAGCGCAGAGGUGAACUGAAGCUAAUCAAAGUUUUCCAGGCUGAGCUUUUCGACAAGUUUCUCCAUGGCUCAACUUUAGAGGAAUGUUAUUUAGCUGUCGCUUCUGUGGCAAACCGCUGGCUUGAUCUUCUUGAUAACCAAGGAAAGGAUAUUGCAGAUAGUGAAUUGCUUGAUUAUAUAUCAGAAUCAAGUACAAUGAGCAAGUCUUUAGCUGAUUAUGGUGAGCAGAAGUCUUGUGCUGUUACCACUGCUAAACGUCUCGCCAACUUUCUUGGUGAUACAAUGGUUAAAGAUAAAGGUCUUCGAUGUCAGUACAUAGUAGCAAGUGAACCUAAGGGAACACCUGUAAGUGAGCGUGCUGUUCCUGUGGCAAUAUUUGAAACUGAUGCUGAAGUAAUGAAGUUCUAUGUCCGAAAAUGGUGCAAGGUUUCAUCAGAUGUUGGCAUUCGAUCCAUAAUUGACUGGUCCUAUUACAAGGGGCGGCUUAGUUCUGCAAUUCAAAAAAUCAUUACUAUUCCUGCUGCAAUGCAAAAGGUUGCAAAUCCUGUCCCUAGGGUAGUUCAUCCUGAUUGGUUGCAUAAGAAGGUCCGUGAGAAGGAGGACAAGUUUCGCCAAAGAAAAAUAGUUGAUGCAUUUAACUCAAUGAAGAGGGAUGAGCACUCAAAAAGGCAUAUUAAUUCUAAUGGUGUCUCCCUUGCGGUGCAUGAAGAGACUGUUAAUGACUUGGAGGACUUUGGAAACAUGGGUAGUAGUUCUACAUGUGGACCUAGACCAAUUGUGCGGCAUCUUGAAGCUAAUAUUAAACGGCAUUCAGUGAAGCUCAAUGGUCAAGAAGAUUCGGAGCAACAACAUAAUGACAAUAACAGCAAGGAUCAGCCACUUUCACUAUUACAAGAAAGUGAAAUAUCAGGUGAAAAUGUUGAUAGAACUGUAGAUUAUCAAGGAUGGCUUCAAAUAAAGAAGAGAAAGUGGAAAUAUAUUCUGGAAAGGAGAAAGAAGCGAAGAUUGGAGAAUUCAAAGAAUUCUGACCAUGUGAAUGGCAUACUUGAACAAACGAAUGGUAAGAUGAAGGGCAGGAGUAAUGUCAGUUCAUAUUUCAGAAAUCAUGAGGUAGUCCUAACACGUUGCCACUGGCAGAUAAUACAGCUAGUUCAAAGUUCACAGAUUGGCCAAUUUUUUGCUUGGGUGGUUGUUGACGGGAUUAUGCUUAAGAUUCCUCUUUCUGUUCCUAGAGUCUUUUAUCUCAAUUCUAGAUCACCAAUUACUGAAGAAUUUUUGGGCAAACGUGUCAACAAGACUCUUCCCCAUGGAAGACAUAGUUAUAACCUGUAUGAGGUCACAAUUAAUGAAGUUCAAUAUAGGGAAGCAAGUAAAAAACUUGCAGCUCUUUUGGCAGAUCCUGAUGUUGAGGGAAUAUAUGAAACCAAGAUGCCACUGGAGUUUAACGCUAUAGUCCAGCUUGGUUGUGUAUGUAAGGUGGACAAGACUUCUAAAAAACGUAGUCUACAAGACCCAUGGAAUUUGAGUGAAUUGCACAUGAAGACCACAACAGAAUGCGCUUAUCUCGAACAAUCCAUAUCCUUCUUUUACUUGUACCAUAGCAUCUCUGAGGGACGGGCUAUAUAUGUUGGAUAUUUUCCUGCAUCAAAAGCAAUAACUGUUGUGGCAGUUAAUCCAUAUCAAAACAAAGAUUUAUCACCAACUUUUCUUGAAAGACAAUUUCACGAUGCUUGCCAAGCUUUUUCUAUUGAGCCACCUCCGAGGAAUGGCAUUAAUUUUAAGGUGGACUAUGUUGCACAUGUCAAGGAUGCUGAAACAGUGAUACAAAGAGCAAUAAAUGAUCACAGGAGCGAACAUCAUGGGCCUAUGGUUGCUGUCAUUGAAUGCCCAAAUGUUCAACUAGUAAAAUUGGGCAUCCGAGCUCUAGAUGAUUUUCCAUGCCUGAGUAUUCCUUCAAAUGCCCGUGAUAGUCAAUAUCAGAUUCUUGGAUGGCAACAAGUUGCUGCUAAAAUUGGAAUGCAACGUUGUGCAGCAUCUGUCCAGUGGCUAAAUGAAAGAAUUGCUUUAUCAAGAUAUGCCCAUGUACCACUGGGGAACUUUGAACUUGACUGGCUUAUAUUUACAGCGGAUACCUUUUUUUCAAGAGCGUUGCAUGAUAAUCAACAGGUACUUUGGAUUUCUGAUGACGGUCUUCCAGAUGUAGAUGGCAUUAAUGUUGAAGAUAACUGUUUUGCUGACGAGGUCCACCAACCUGUUCUUACGUAUCCUGGAGCUUAUAGAAAAGUUACGGUGGAGCUAAAGAUACACCACCUCGCUGUAGAUGCUCUUCUUAAAUGCAAUCAGGUUAAUGAAAUGGAAGGAGGUGCUUUGUUAGGAUUUGAUAGUGGCUUUGAUGAGUCUACCUCAUGUACACAUGCCUUUCGAGUCCUAAAACAGUUGAUCCAGCGAUGCCUUGCGGAUGCAGUCACAUCUGGAAAUGUUUAUGCUGAUGCAGUAUUGCAACAUCUAUAUCGAUGGCUUUGCAGCCCUGAAUCAAAACUUCAUGAUCCAGCUCUUCACCAGCUACUCCACAAGGUCAUGCAAAAGGUCUUCGCAUUGCUGUUGGCAGAGUUCCGCAAAUUGGGUGCAACAAUUGUAUUUGCAAACUUCUCAAAGAUUAUUAUUGACACAGGGAAAUAUGAUAUGUCUGCAGCCAAAGCUUACUGUGACAGUUUGUUAAAAAUUAUACAAUCUAGUGACCUAUUUGAAUGGAUUGAGCUUGAACCACUGCAGUUCUGGUGCUCAUUGCUGUUCAUGGAUCAGUAUAACUACGGUGGAAUACCAGCAAAAUCUGAUGAAGCCAUGAAUGAUGAAUCACAAGUUGAUAUUAUAUCGAGCUGGAAUAUUGCUGAAUACUUACCCAAAAAAAUCCAAGACCAUUUUGUUUUCAUUGUUUCUCAAUUCAUGUAUAUUCCCUGGAACUAUGCACAUAAACAAGCAGCAAUUAGGGCGUCAUUGCUGAAUGACGAGUCUUGCACCCCAUCAAUUAACAUCGUAGCUGCUGAGGCUUUUGAAUCAGAAAUAACGGAAUAUAUUAAAGGGCAGAUUAGCUCUUACUUCACUGACAAACUGCUAGGAAUUGUACGUGAUAUUGGUCUUCACAUGAAGGGGAUGAACAGAUCAGAAAACGACCAGAAUAUAUCAUCUGCCCUUCCUCAACUUAAAAGUGAUCACCGUAGAGGGGAUGCAGCCUUGGAAUUUAUCGAGCAUGUCUGUGCUGUCAUGGCCCGUGACCAAAAUGUGCAGCAUGAUAUUUUGGUCAUGAGAAAGAUUUUGUUAAAGUAUGUUCAUGUCAGGGAGUUUGCUCCAGAAGCUGAGUUUCGUAAUCGUUGUCAUUCCAUCAUCUUACCCAAUGUUAUCUGCAGCUAUUGUAAUGGCUGCAGGGACUUGGACUUGUGCUGUGACUCAGCUUUAUUGACUCAGGAGUGGCGUUGUGCUGUGCCACAGUGCGGCCAGCCUUAUGACCGCGAGGCGACGGAGAAUACUCUUCUUCAGAUUGUACGACAAAGAGAACGGCAAUAUCACCUCCAAGAUCUGGUGUGUCUCAGGUGCAGCCAGGUGAAAGCUGCACAUUUGGCUGAGCAGUGUGCAUGUGCAGGCUCAUUUAGGUGCAAGGAAGAUGUAAGUGAAUUUUGCACUAAGAUGCAGGUUUUCUUGAACAUUGCUUCUCGUCAGAAAUUCAAACUUCUCCAAGAAUGUACCUCCUGGAUUUUAGAAUUUAGAUAGUUAAAAGUUGAGUGAGAUAUGAUCGGGAUUAAAUCCAAACUAAACUGUGUAGAGUAAUAGUAUCAGUGUACACAUCCGGUCCUUGCAAAUCUGCUUAGUCGUAAGCAACAAGUGCCCCGGUAUGAAAGAAGCAUCGAAACCUGCUUGUGGCCAACAGUCUACGAGAUUAUUCAACCAUUUGCGGUGUGCUCGUUUGACACUGUUAUCUUUUCCUUGCCCUGAGGCUUCUCUAAUGUUGUUUACAUCAUCCUCAUCAAGAGCAAGGGAGAAGAUAGCAUUGGAAUCUUGAAUAAUAUGUUCUGACAACCCAAGUUGGACAACGACCAUCAAUUCCGCC